UUGAGCAGCUUUGUCACUUGAGCGUUCCGCUCCCUCCGUCUUUGUUUCGCCCAGUCAGUCAGUCAGUCGGGCCUUGCCCAGCCAUCCAGAUCCGUGCAAUGCUCUGAAACACGUUGCUGAACUCUAUGAACAAUAACACGUAAUCUCAUCAGUAACGUGUGCCGUGGGCUUUGUAUAGCUCAUAGAAGUAAAACAGCCCAAGUUCAUAGGCAUUUAUAGGCACUUUUCAAUUCGGUACGUAUUUAGCCAGAACUUAAAGUCGAACGAGGCCAACGUUUCCAAUAUUUUGCCUUUCCUCGUCAUAAUGAAGUUACCCAACACAGUGACUUAACGUUAAACGGUUUCGUAAUAAAAGUAGGCAUUUUAGAAAAAGGAUGAAGCUCUGUCCUAACCACAAUUAGCCGAAAUUAUUAUUGGUCACUGUGAAUCGUUCUCAUUGGCAAAAUGAUGCUUUGUACUUUGUGAUAUUCUGUUUUUAUUCCAAAGAAAUUAAAAAGUGACGGUUAGUAGCAGGGCCUAGCCAGCUAACGUUAGCGGCGGCUAAGCAGUAGCUAUCGAGUUGGACUACCUGACCGACCUGUCAACGUUGUUGUUGCUAUGGAACAACCACCAUGGAGCUUUGAUGAUCUACAACCUGAGGACCUUUCCACCUCAAGCAUUCCCAACGUGCUUGACCUGACCAGGAACGGCAGCCUGAAUGUCAAGCCCUGCCAUGCCUGCCAUGUCCACAGCGCUGACUGGCUCCCAAACUCCGCAUUAGCCUCAACACAGACCACCGCAUCCUCUCAGCAGUCAGCGGAUCCAAUUCAACCAGACAAUGCCUUGUCCCACACCACAGUGACCCUAUCCUACGUGAGCACGUCUCCCAUUAACUCAGCAUCUCAGCCUCGAACUGGUUUGCCGCCUAUCUGCAAGUUCUCCCUUCUCCCUUCUUGUGAGGCGGAGAAAGGACUUAGGGAGAGCACCUAUACACUGAACCAGCAUUACUUGGAACACUGUGACACACCAGUGGACCUUGUCACAAAGACUCCAGAGGUUGAUCGACUUUGUCUACCUCGGGAGAUUUGUGAACGGAAUGGGACUGCAGGUUCCAGCACGACUAGCGGAGAGGAACGCGGCAUUCCCGAGAGUGCAGAAACUAGCGGGCGAGAUGACAGCUGGUCAAGUGUAGGUGUGGUGUCACUAGAAACCGACAUGACCGUCCUAAGGACGGGAAUUUCCGAGACGCUGCUACAGGUAUCAAAAAAGGAGGAAGCGGUCCAGAACAAAGAGGCCGCAAUAGAGCUGGGCUUUCUGACCGGGGAGUGUCAAAGCCCCCUUGAAGAGCCCGUGUGUCCCUCUGCUACCUCACCGUGUGAUUUGGAGGAAGUGUUAAUGCUGCCCCAGGCCUCCGCCCCGCCAAGCAGGGACAACUCUUUUCCAGCAGAUGAGGCUGGCUCCAUCGCAGAAGGGGCCCGUUUGGAUUCGAGUGAUGAAAACGGGCACCCAAGGAGGCCGCAGCCCGAGCCUUUGACGGAGGAUGUUUGUCCGUCAGGAAUUUCCGAGGACAAAGCCAACGCUCUCACCGCCCAUGAACGCGUGAACGGCAAUGUCAGCGCGCCCCAGGAAAGGAAACUGCCUUUGCGUUCAAACAGAGGGGUUCGCUUACAAUCGCUAGUUAUGACCAUCAAUUCAAGUAGUUAUAAAGUGUCGGGGCGCGUUGACACUAACGCCGAUGCUUCCAAAACCGGGGAUUCGUAUGCGAUGAAUCCAAAGAAGACUGGCACCCUGUCUAACGGGAAAAGCAGGAGCAAAGCGAAAGCAAAACACAAAGUAGUAACCCCGCGGAAAAAAGCUGAAGCCAAUGGCAUUCCAAUGCAUCAAUGCAAAACUACUACCUCCGAUUGUGUUGUUCCUUCUAAAAAGUCCAACAGUAAGUUUACAAAAGCCAUGGCAGAGGAGGUCCCUAACCCUGGCCAUUUGCCACAGGUGAGGUCCGAGUGUUCAAGCCCUGUGUCGAGAAACUCCCAAAAAGAGCCAGAUCUCGUGCACUCUGAUCCCCCCUCAUUGGAAAAAAAGCAAGCAAGAUGCUCCCCACCAGCAGCUCCAAAGAAAAGCCCGUGUUCACCAAAAGAUCCGCCCAGAUCCUCAGCUGCAAAGAAAAAGGUGGCGCGCACUCCCAAGAAGCGCCGGAAGAAGCGUCCACCCGCACCAUAUUUUUCCAUCUUCGCUCCCAAGGAGCCUGAAAUCAAGUUGAGAUAUGUCCACUACAAAGAAGAAAAAAAGGAGCCCAGGUACCAUCAUUUCUCCCCCUUCGUCCGGCUGCACGGCCAGCAGGCGUCCACGUCACAAUGCACCGUCGUCAACUACCCGGAAGAAGUGGCAACGCAGGCCAAAAAGGGCCCAAGAGAGCAGCAGGAGGAUCACCACAGCAGCUUUCUUUCUGGAACGGUACCCAACACUUCCUGUCUCCGGCUGGGUCGGGCGUCCACUCAGGGUCAGCGGCGGGGCGCCCUCAUCUGUUGCCUGUGUGCUCUCUCUGCCAAUGCCAUGGACUUGGGGGAUCUCCAUGGUCCCUACUACCCUGAAGGACAGCGGGUAUCCAGAGCCAAGACGUCGACGCUUGGGUCCGAUCUCAAGGAGCGCAAGAAUGACGACAGCGAUUCCGAUUCUUCCUCCUGUAGCGUCGGGGGCAGGGGGAAGAAACGGGCCGCCAACCAGUGGUGGCGGAAGGGCCUCCCGCCGACCGACGACGGCCCGGCGGCGGCGGCGGCGAAACGCGCUCGUUCGCAAAUGUGGCCAGCAGACGUGGAGGACUGGUACAGCGCCCCUGUGCUGCCCAUGGAGCCCCGUGAGUACUGGCUUCACGAAGACUGCGCCAUCUGGUCGGCCGGCGUCUUCUUGGUGAAGGGCAGAGUCUACGGCCUGGAGGAAACUGUCAAAGUGGCCCGGCAGACGACGUGCUCGGCCUGCUCCGGCCCAGGUGCAACGCUCGGCUGUUUCUUCAAAGGUUGUCCUAACAAAUACCACUACAGAUGUGCCCUGGAGGCAGACUGCGUCCUCGUCGAAGAAAACUUUUCCAUGAAGUGUAAAAAGCACAAGAACAAGACACUCAAAGCCCCAGCGGGGGGGAUGCACAGCGAUCCCAGGAGAAAGCGAGCCUCUUGAUAUCCAUUCACCUGGCAAAUUGCCCUCUGGACUAUGUGAAGUGGACGGCUAGCACCCGUAAACCUUAACUCCUCCUUUUUGCUUGGACUCACUCACUCACCACUUUGUCAAAAAGAUUUGUUUUGUUCCCCCCCCCCCCCCCCCCCCGCCCCCCAAAACAACAAUCACUAUCUGUAAUUUAAACAAAAAUUGUACAUAGUUGAUUAUAUUUAGUUCUAUUUAUUCGUGAAGCAUGUCGAUUUUGCUCCUUUGGUCAAAGAGACUUUUUAAGUUAUUGAUAACAAAAGUAGCUGCAGCAGAGGGAAUGGUGAGCAGAGCCACGUUGUAGAAAAGUUGUGUUUGAAUGUAUCCUGGCGUAUGUGUUGGCAGGAAGCACUUUGCGGCCGCUCGCUCGCUCGCUCGCUCGGUCGGUCGGUGGCUGCAGUAUUACUUGACCUUUUGCAAAGCACUUUGGCUUCUUGGAUCAGUAAGGAUUGUGAAUCCCAUUGAGGGAGGUGGAGGGGGGGUGAAGGACAAAAGUCAAAAGCUCAUUCCCACAUCCAGUGACAACAAGUGACUUUACAUUGACUCCAUUUCAAGACUGACGUACCUCAUAAGCCUUAUCUGACGUACGGGACACGCACACACACACACACAGACACACACACACGUGCUGUUUGCAGUGCAGGGCCAAAUGGGAUCUGCUUGGGCCAGCACUAUUGUGCUGUGUUUAAAGAAGUCACUGAAGAACACAAUUUGCCAUGGAGAGAGACCUCUUUCAUUCGUGCCAUGACAUUGUUUGCCGAAGGUCACGCGACUGCGAGGAUUUUAUUCAUUUUGUUUAAGUGUGUGUUUAUCUCAGGGCUGAAUUGAUUUAUUAUUGUGGGGUUAAUGGACAGGAAUGACAAAGGCCUUCUAGUUCCUGUCCAGACAUUCCAUCAUCUUGUAUCGCUCGUUUGGGUUUAACGAUGGACUUUUAAGUCGUGCAAUUGUAUUUGUUUGUUUGUUGGUUUGUUUUUUACCUCCCUGCUCUCCUCUUGUAGCAUUGGAGACCACGUGAGUGUCCAAAAUAAAUAUUUUGUUGCACAAUCAA